CUAAGAAUUUUUGUUCAGCAAGAAAAAAAGAAGAAGAGGGGAGUGAAGUGAUAGGCAACGAAACCCGGAAUGGCAGCAGAGGAAGAGAAUGCAGAAAUGGCGUCGCUGUUCGAGGGGAUGGUCCUGUUCGAUCCUUGUGAAAUGGUUCUUGAAGAAGCCCCCAAUACAGACGUCGUCGGACGGCGAGGCGGCUCCACCACCACAGCUCAGCCGGCCGAGCCUACUGUUCAUGUUCCGGCUGCGCCGAAUCAUACUCCGCCGCUCGAUGAGAACCUAUUCUCUGAUCUUACACUUACCACUCCUCCUUCACAAUCCCUAGAACUCGAAGAUACUAAGUCCCCUCCGGAUCCGUCUUCAUUAUCGCUAGUCUCUCGCCAGAAUUCCACCCGUAAGAAGAGGAGAGCUGGUUUAAGGAUUGGAUAUGGCAGAGAUAGAUAUUCUGCCUCCGAUUCAGUCACAUCCACUUCUGCUCCCUUUGAGAAUUCUAAUAUUACUAUUGGACAAGCAGAUGAUAAAGAAAAGAAUCAAGCCGAAAGAGAAGAAGAAGAAGAAGAAGAAGAAGAAGAAGGUGAUGAUGUUGUUGAAGAAGAGGAAGAUCAGAUCUCCUCCGCUAUGAUUUCUGGCUGUGAUUCCUCAUCUGGGAAUGUUUCUCAAUGUGUUCGUUCUAGUGAUGCACCUUACCAAAUGGCUAAACUUGGUGGAGGUGGUGAAGACGUAACACCUGAGCAACUAAGUGGUAGCAGGAGUCAUGAUCCAGUUGAGUUAAGAUUUGAACAACUUAGGAUCCUUAUUUCCUCUAAGAUCAAAAUGGCUAAUGAAACUGUAGCUUCGAUUUCCUCAGAAAUGAAGGAAUCGAUUAGGAAUCGGAGAAAAGCUGCUCGGAAUGUGACUCAGGCACAUGCUGAGUAUAAAGAACUAGAGAAGAAGCUGGACGAAGCUUGUGAGGCCGAGGACUUCGAGAAAGCUGACAGAAUAAGUCAAAGUUUAGCUUUUGCAGAGAAGGAAAAAGAACACUUGGCAGAUGCUCUUCGAGAUGCUGAAGCUCAGUGCAAUGCUGUCGACUCUAAGAUGCAAGAGGCUCUUGACUCGCUGAUUCAGGUUGAAGAGGAAUGUGCUGCUAUGUUGCAGAGCUUUGCAGUGGAUGCAGAUUUGAAUUUAAAGACUGCAGAAGGAUUAUCAUCCAAGCAAAUGGAGGAAUGGAAUUUGUCUGUUGAAGCAAUAGAGGUAAACAAGAUGGAAUUGGAAAUUGAAGCUGAGAUAGUGUAUGAGGCUCAAAAGGUUUUGAAAGAUUCCAUCGAGCAGUUUGUUGAGGAUGACCACAGAGAAAGAGAUUUUCUUUGCAGGAAAAAAGAAGUGUUCACAGAAGAGCUCAAGCAACUGCUUGCUUUAGUGAAAGAGAAGGAGGACGAAAUAGCCGAAAAUGAUUCUCUCAUUGAAAAAGUCGACAAUAGAAUUGCCUGUGCAAUGUGUAGCUUCAAAGAAGCCCAAACCAAUAUUGAGGAAAAUUAUCAUAACUUGCAGUCUAGUCUGUCUGAGUUGAUGUUAGCAAAUGAAUCUUUAUUGGAGAAAAAGAAAGAAAUUGAUAGUUAUGUUUCCCAGGAAGAGUCUAUGAAAGCAAAGAUUAGGGAUAUUUCAAGUAUUUCAGCAGAAGAGGCAAACAUGUUUAAAGAAAUUGUUGGGUCACGAAAGAUUCUGGCUCAGUCUGUUUUGAAAUCCAAGGAGGACAAACUAAGGCUUUCCAUUACUGAGGAUGAACUUGCUAUGCACAUCCAAACGCUCAAACAACAAAUUUCUACUAUGAGAACAUCACUCCAGGAAUUGUCUUCAUCAAAGUCAAGGAUCCAGCAAGAAGUUGAUUCCUCUAAGCAAAGGCUUCUCUAUAUAGUCAAGAAAGUUCCAGAACUUGAGACAGAGAAAAAGGUUGCUGCUACUGCAAGAAAUUUCAAGGAAGCAGCACGCCUUUCAACAGAGGCGAAGGCAUUGUCCGUUGAAAAGGAGGGAAUAGAAACCAAAUUGGAGGGUGCGGAGUCAGAGCUCAAGAAAGUUGAAGAAGAUAUUUGCCGUACUGUUGAAAGACUGCAAGAAACUGAAGCACAGGUUUCAUCGAAGGAGAGAGAAUUGGGUAUGGCUAGAUUCCAGAGGCUGAUUUUAGUUGACAGAGCUUGCAGAGCAGAGAGAUCAGCUGCUUUAGAGUUUGGUGACCAUGAAGAAGCUGAUGUUUUGCUGGAGGAGGCUGAAGCAGCAGUUUCUGAAGCAAGAAAACUUCAACAGAUUUAUGGUUUUAAAGAAGAAGAAGAGUUCACUAACCUGCCAAAGCAUUUUGUCUCAGCUGAACUUGUGUCCAAGAUGCAAGGCAAGCAGUUGGUAGAACUUGCAGGCAGCAUCUGUUAAUACUUUGGCAUCGUGAUAAACACCCCGUCUUUCCUCUUUUGUGGCAAUCCUUAGGGUUUUGUGUGGAGUAGAUCCAGGAAUUGCCCCUCAAUCAUUCAAAAUUAUUUGUCGAAUGCACGAGUGGCGAAACCAGGAAUGCAAUGCCUAUGCGGAAAAUUAUUUGUUUUUUCUUAUGAUGUGUUGUUGUGUACUACGGAGUACUCCCUAUGUGUGUACAACAACCAAGUCAAUAAAAUCCCACAGAAUGGAGUCUCGAGUAGAGAGUUGUGUACUACUCUGUACAUGCAUAUGGAAAUUAGAGAGUAGAGUUGUGUACUACAUAAAAAGAUAUUGUUUCCAUUUCUCAAGAUAGGAAGCGCAGACUGUUUAGAGAUUCAAACUUCAUAUUUUGACAGACAUUUGGGAUAUAUUUGCACCUCUUGGCGUGUUUUUGACCAACCGUUCAAACAUGAGUAGGCAUUUUUUUACUUUUACAUUUUAUAAUUCAAUAGAUAAUUCCUUGAAUCCCAAGAUCUGAGCUUUGCAAACAAAAUGUGGGUACACAUAACACAUCUGGUGAUGUUUGUUUGACAGUUCUGGCAUUUGAGAGAGUGGCCUCAGGCUGGCAUUUGCAUUUGCACUCACAUACCUAUUCCAUUAAGGGUGAUGACAAUUCUGCGUGGGGUAGCUUCAUCGCGGUGCUCACAAAGCCAUAUUCCCUGCGGCCAUAGAAAGAAGGAAAGCAAAUCCAUCAGCUCACGAAUGUCGUCCACCAUUUGAACUUAAUUCCAAAUGGAACUGUGAUACAAAUAAUGAUAUCAUAUCGUUCCUUACCUAAACUUGGAGUUGAGGAACUAAUGAGCUCCCUAAAUUUAUGUAAACAUUAAAUGACUAAUCUGAAACCAAAACCUUUUUUUUUCAAAACUAGUUAUUCUCUUGUACAAAAAAAACUAGUUAUUCUC